GAGAUGCUUCCCACUAAAAAGAUGAAAGCUUGGACCACUCUGGUCGCCGACACUUCGCAAGCUUCACUCUUCUCACCACUGCUGCUUCUCUCUCUUCUUUUCUCUGCGUAAGCUUCCGCCCCUCAAUUUCACACCUUUUUUUCAAGUAUAAACUCGUGUUUCUGCUGCUUGUUUGAGCACCUCCGCAUGCACAGUUAAUGGCAGAUAAUUAACGUUUCCCCCUCACGAAAUUGCUGAUUUUGGGUUUUAUUGUAUGAUCAAGAUUGAAUUUUUAUACGCUUAUGGUUCGUUUGAGUCAGUUUCUCUUCCAAUUUAUUGGCUUGUAAGUGGGAAUUGUAGCUGGAAUUCACGAAUUGAAGAGUUUAGCCCUUUCUAUUAAGAGUUAGGGGCCAUGAUCGAGUAGAAUUAGGGUUUUUUUCAUGUGCAAUGGAUCGUUCUGUUAAAAUUCAGUUGCUUGAGAAGAGGAAAUGGGUGAUCAUUGUGGGAAUGGUUGCUUUGACCCAUUUGUUAUGUCAAUCUUUGAUGCUUCCGUAUGGGAACGCGCUGCUGUCCAUGCUGCCCGAUGAAAAGAGUGAAAAUGUUGUCGUUGUUACCCCGUCGAUUGAGGAUUCUGCUGUUGAGAGCUUGAUUGAUGACAAGGUUCGUGUUUCUGGUGUGUUGAAUUUGGAAAAUGAGCAGUCUCUGUUGGUUAGAGGAGUGAAGAGCGCGGAAGGCUACAAUGCGCGUGUAAAUGCCGAAGGUGAGAAGGAGUCUACGGAGAAGAAUGGGAAAGAGGAGAUGGAUUCUGGUUUAGAUGGCGAUGGAACGGAUGAGGAUGUUGAUUUUGUCGAGGAUGAAGCCUUAGAUGAUGUGGAUGUAGACUUAGAAGAGGGGUUUACAGUGGAUAACAGCACUCAGAUUGAAGAGGCAAGCUCCGGGGUUAUGUUAGAGUCUAGAACUAGUGGGGUUCAGGGGAAGAAGGUAACGGAUGGAUCUGUUAUUUUGCCAACACCCGUUGCCUCUUUGGAUAAACCUUUGUUGAUUGGUUCUGUUGUUGGGGAAAAACCGGAAUCAGGAUCAAGAAUUUCUGAUGGUUCUGCUUUUUCAAACAAUGGUUCAUCAAUGCCAAAUAAGUCUGCUAAGAAGAAGAUGAGAUGUGACAUGCCACCUAAAACUGUAACACCUAUAGAUGAGAUGGAACGAUUGUUAGUCCACCAUCGUGCUCGUUCACGUGCAAUGAGACCGAGAUGGGCUUCUGAUCGCGACCAGGAAAUUUUAGCAGCGAAGACAAGGAUUGAGAAUGCUCCCUUCUUGAAGAAUGACCGGGAAUUGCACGCUCCUCUGUUUCGAAAUAUCUCUAUGUUCAAAAGGAGUUACGAACUCAUGGAACGAGUACUAAAGGUAUAUGUAUACAAGGAAGGCGAAAAGCCCAUCUUUCAUCAACCAAUACUGAAAGGACUGUAUGCAUCCGAAGGGUGGUUUAUGAAACUAAUGGAACGAAAGAAUCGUUUUGUUGUGAAAGAUCCUAGGAAGGCUCAUCUGUUCUACAUGCCAUUCAGUUCCCGGAUGCUUGAACACACACUUUAUGUGCGCAAUUCCCACAACCGGACCAAUUUACGACAGUAUUUGAGGAAUUAUUCAGAAAAGAUCGCAGCAAAGUAUCGUUUCUGGAACAGAACAGGUGGAGCUGACCACUUUCUUGUUGCCUGUCAUGACUGGGCUCCAUACGAGACGAGACACCAUAUGGAGCACUGCAUGAAAGCCCUUUGCAAUGCUGAUGUAACAGUGGGCUUCAAGAUAGGACGUGACGUCUCCCUUCCAGAAACAUACGUCCGAUCUGCCAGAAACCCGCUUAGAGAUCUUGGAGGAAAGCCACCAUCACAGAGACGCAUCCUCGCCUUCUAUGCUGGGAGCCUGCAUGGCUAUCUUCGUCCGAUCCUGCUCAAGUACUGGAAAGACAAGGAGCCCGAUAUGAAAAUACUCGGCCGAAUGCCACCCGGUGUCCCCAGCAAAAUGGACUACAUCGCUCAAAUGAAAAGCAGCAAGUACUGCAUCUGCCCAAAGGGAUAUGAAGUCAACAGCCCGAGGAUAGUCGAAGCCAUCUUCUAUGAGUGUGUGCCGGUCAUAAUAUCUGAUAACUUUGUGCCUCCGUUCUUCGAGGUCUUCAACUGGGACGCGUUCUCAGUGAUUAUUGCUGAGAAGGACAUCCCGAACUUGAGAGACAUACUUGCCUCCAUCCCCGAGAAGAAGUAUCUCGACAUGCAACUCAAUGUCCGGAGAGUUCAGAAGCACUUCCUGUGGCAUGCUAGUCCCGUCAAGUACGACCUCUUCCACAUGACCCUUCAUUCAAUCUGGUACAAUCGAGUUUUUCAGAUCAAGUCAAGGUAACAGUCUCUAUGCUCGCCUACAAAUGUUGAAAAACAAGCGAUCAAGGUACGCCUUCACUCGUCUUCUCUAUGCUGCUCUGCAAAUUGUAAGUGUAGGGAUGAAAUAAUUUGUGUAAAUAUUGAGAUGUGAACUUGUAGAGUAGUAUUUAGCUUUAUGCUGCAAGUAGCUUUCUUGUAUAUAAUCUAUUGUGCUUGUGUUGCUUGUUAUGUUGGUGGAGUGGAAACGUCUUACCAAUUGAAGUGAAUGUAUGGUUUUAGAAUUUUUUGAA